AAGAAGCCUAUUUCUCACCGUCAACAGGAAACCAGGGAAGCGUCCUUGGAGAUGUUCCUAUUAGUAUAAGCUUCACAUUUUGCAUUCUGAGCGAAAACCAUCCCUACGGUAAUGAGGUGACAGAAUUUGGAGAUGCAAAGGGCAGUCGGAUAGUUUGAAGUAAUCAUGAGUGCGCCUAUGGUUAUUGGAAACCAGCUCAUCCUUGAAGAGGACUUUGAUGAAAACUACAUUCCCUCUGACCAAGAUAUCAGAGAGUAUGCAAUGCAGAUAGGCAUUGAUCUUGACAAUGAGACGGAGCUCAUGUGGCUGGCCAGGGAGGGCAUUGUUGCCCCUCUUCCACCGGAGUGGAAGCCUUGUCAAGAUGUAACAGGAGAAAUCUAUUAUUACAACUUCUCCUCUGGUGACUCCACUUGGGAUCACCCCUGCGAUGAGCACUACCGCGGCCUCGUUAUCCAAGAACGUGAACGCAACCAGCGCACUGCUGCAGCCGGUAGCUCGGGGCCCAAGAAGAAGAAGAAAACAAAGGAGAAAAAAGAUAAAAAGAAGAAGGAUUCAGCCAAAAGUGGAGGCCCGGGUUCAACUUUGAGGUCUUUGCCACCCCCACUAGGAAGCCUAGCUUCUCUCAGUGGUCUCGAUGCUCCUGUCCUUGGUCCAAUCUCUGGAUCUGCAUUCCCACGCUCACUCGGAUCUGGGGGACUGGAACCCCUCAAAGCAUCUCCUGGGCCUCUUGGGGUACUCCGUAGCAGCGGUGCUACAAGUGUUUUAAGCUCCAAGAAGGAAGAAAAAGUAUAUCUUACCGUGCCUGGCUUUGAUGAUGCUGAUGAAAAUGAGUCAAGUCAGCAGUCUUCAGACUGGGAACUGAUGAACCUUCACCUAGAUAUGGAUGACCUCAAAGCGGGCAUACAGUAUGAGGACAGUGAUGCUAGUGCUGUAGCGCGAGCAGAGGAAAGGACUGAACCAGAAAUGCAGGACAUAUCUGGGGGCCAGAGCUCUGAACCACCAUCACGACAGGACUCUUUGGGGGGCCACCGCGUGUCCCCUCUGGCAGUUCGAAACCUUCUCAGUGAGGCUGUGAUCGAAGGAGGAGAGGCUUUUGAGGAGAGAGAGGACAAAAAACAAGCCCAAGAUAAAUACGAGGAAGCAGAUGAGAAAAGUGGACACAAAAAAGGGGAUGAGGGUGAUAUCCACCAAGAGCAGGGGGGUGGUCACGGGACUCUAGAAAACGAGCAAAGGGAAUCCAGUGAUGAUGAGAGUGAAAAGAAAGGCAAAGGAGAUGGUGGAGGAAUAGACUUUUUUCAAGACAGGGAGAAUUGGGAGAAUGUAGUUGACAAAGAUGGCAGACCUGAAAAAAGAGUCCAGCAUGAUGAGAUCUGUGACAGGGAGAUGAUGGAGUGUGCAGAAGUGAUGGAGAAAAAAGAUUUGCAAGAGAAAGAGGAAUGCAAUAAUCUCAUUGAGCAUUCUCAAAAUAAUGACACAGACAUGAAGGAAAGUGACCAUGAGGGAGUUGUGCAUAAGAUAAUUGCAGAUGAUUAUGGUGGACAAGAUGGAGGAGAGGAAGAAAAUGGUGAAAGUCAUGCAGAUUUGGAGCGAUGCUCCCUGAGCCAGAGGAAGUUGACAGAUGAUGAAGAUGAAGUUUUGGAGAGUUGUGUAGCCAGUGAUAGAGAAACACAGUGGGAGAGAAAAGAGUUUAAAGAUGAAUCAGAUGGCCAAAAGGCUGAAUCAGCAUCUCUGAAUGAGGAGGAGACCAUGGAGUGUUUUGAGAUGGAAACAGCUCAAUCUGCCUUCCAAGGCAAGAAGGCAACACUGGGUGCCCUUAAAGUGUGCCACCAAAAGAGGAAACCUGGCAAGAUGGACAGUGUGAAUAAUAAAGCCUUCCUUCCUGCAGAGAUGUCAGAAAAGGUUUUGGACCUUAAUGAUCUGUCUGGCCCUGUGAGUCCAUUUGAGGACAAUGAUGCCGGAGAUGUGGAAGAUGAGAUGGAUAAGUAUAUAAAGGGCGAGGUUGCCAAGAGGCAUUUGCAGCCUGCAGAUAAAGACAAAUCAUCUCCUGAAGUAGACAGACUUGUGGUCCACCAUUCAAGUGUUCAAAACCAACAAACAGCAACUGGUCGCAGCUCAGCUCUGAAUCUACACAGGCCUGAAACAUCUAGAGGUCGGCUGUCCCGAACUUCCAGCUCUCAAAUCAAUGACGCAGAAACUACCAUACAGAAUUAUGUGACUCCAUUGGAGAAAGAAUCAAACUUUGGAAUCUGGAAAAAUGAAAAGGAGGAAGAAAGUGAGUUGAGGAAGACUGAAAAAGAAAAAAGUCAAAAAGCAAGGAGCAGGGAGGAAGACAGACAGAGUGGGAAUGCCAUUUGGGGAGUGGAGGAGAGCAAAGAGCAAAUAAUGGGGGAGAAGAACAGCAGGUUAUUUCAUCUCCAGGAGACAAUUAGCAGAGAGGAAGAAGAUGAAAAGGAAUGUUUGAAAAGAGAGAAGGAGGAGCGAAUAUCUUUCCUCAUUGAAGAGCUAAAGAGAGAGGAGGAGGCAGAGAAGGACCAAUUAAUGCAAGACAAGGAGAGGAGAAAGUGUCUCCUCCAGGAGGAGUUGAGAAGCAAAGAACAGGAGGAGGAGAAGCUUCGAGAAGAGAGUGAAGAAAAACUGAGGGCUCUGAAACAGCAUCUUUUGUCCAAGAGGCAAGAAGAGGAAGUCAAGUUAAACAAAGAGUCUCACAGGAUGUUGGAGGCACUGAAAGAGUCUGCUCUGAAGGAGAGAGAGAAGCAGCUUCAUGAGCUCAGGGAGGAGAGUGAAGCCAUGUUAAAAGAAUUACGUAUUACACUUGAAGAAGAAAAGGCAGCCGAGCGUGACCGGUUGGAGGGUCAAAAGAGGCUGGACAUUGAGCGUCUGAAGGCUGAGUCAGAAGAAAAGCUGCAAGCAGAGAAAGAGAAACUCCAGGAAGAGAAGCUAAACCCUUUUAAACAGGAGUUAAAAAGGUUCCCUGGCACAGAGAGGAGGAGGGAGCUGAUUGGUCCAGGACCUGAACAGCAACUAACAGAGUACCACAGAGAGCUGUCUGAUUUGCUCCUGGAAGUAAGGGAGGAAGUGCAGCGUGACCAUGAGAAGAAGCUAGAACAGCUGAGGGAGGAACACAGGCGAGAGCUGAACAUCAUCAGAGAGAAACAACUGGAGGAGGAAAGUAUCCAGAGGGACCGCUUCCUUACAACUCAGCAGUUUGACAGAGACCAUCUUCAGGCCUCACAUGCUCUACAGCUGGAAAGACUCCGCAAGCAACUUGACAGUGAGAUAGAGAAGGCACAACUGACACAUUCACACAGGGAAUCAGAACUUAAGGAUCUAAUCAGUCAGUUGGAGCUGAGAGCAAAAGAGCUGAAGAGAGAGGAAGAAAUGCUGUACAGCAAGACAGCGGAUCUGAAGAGGAAGAGGAAGAUACUUGGGGAAGAAGAGGAAGAUGUAGACAAACGGACAGGGGCCUUACACAAAGUGACCCUGGAGAGAGAACAGCUGAAGCUGGAGCUGGAGCGAAUGAGGGAGGAGCAAUCUCACACUCGAGAACUCCUCCGCGUGGUGCGGGAGGAGAGGAAUGAGGCCCGGCAGGAGGAGGAGAGGUUGACGGAGGAGCGAGACAAAGUCAGAGAGGAAGGCAGGAAGGCGAAGGAGCAAAAAGAGCGACUGGAGAGCAAGGUGGCCCUUUUGGAGGAAAGAUGCAACCGGCUCAGUCGCAGAGUCAGUGAGUUGGAAAUAUGUGGGGGCUGUACCAUCAGACAAAACAUGGACAAAAACAAGGUGAUGUCGCCCCCCAGUGGCCACAGAGACUCAUCACUACAUGUAAAUGACCUGGAGGACCCGCUUCGCUGCACUGUACCUGACAGUAACGGCGACAACAUUGAAUUUGGUGGAUUGAAUUCAUCCAUCCAAAAGACCAAAAUCUUCCUAGAGAAGGAGAGCAACCGACUAAUGCAGAGACAGACUUUGCAUGUGGCCCAGAGCAAUUCCACACAGCAAUCCAAGAUGGAUGGAAGGGUAACUCCGCAGACGGAGGCAAGAAAUGUGUCUGAACUGCAGGAGAUGGUUAAGAUUGGAAAUCCUCUCAACUGUAGAAAAGAACAACUUAAGCAGCUCGACAGUUCUAUAGCUGAGGAGUCAUUCCUUCAAGGUGCGUCGCUUUUGGCUGGAGAGAGGAAGGUCACCUUUAAUGUAACAGAUUCAGACCUCAGCAGCACUGUUGACGCACCCGAUGUGACAGGAGGCAGCAUGACAUUUUUGGCCAAAGUCCAGGAGUUAGCAGAGUCCCAACAGCAGAUCUCAGGCCAGCUCAACACUGUUUUAGGUGCUCUGGGCUCAUUAGCCCAGAAGCAGAGCAACACAUCUCUCCCAGGCUUCCCCGCAACACUGUCUCAUUCCACACCUGCCGCAAGCGCUUCACCCACUACAGGCCCAACCUCUUUAGGCCAACCUAACCCACUUUGGAAGUCAUCAACCCAAGGCGGCUCUGGAACGACUACCUAUCCGGACAGCUCCAUCACGAGUGGACUGAGAUCUUCUGAGGAUGUCACUCUCCGCAGAUGGAGAGAGAUCUUUCCUGAAGCAGCAGCACUCAACUCCAUUACCCUGAGGACAUACACAUCACAUGCAUCCUAUACUCCUGCUAGCCUGCACGUUCAAAAGUCAGUGAAAGUGGAUGGCCGUAGACUGCAGAAACUGAUUGACAGCAACAAGAGGUGGCUGGAGAUGCGAAAGAAAGACAGCAGCAUACCUCUGUUCACCCGCUAUCAGGCUUCGUCCUCCCAGAGCAACCUUGUCCAGCUGGGCCUGGAUGACAAGGACCAGAUCAGAGUCUACCAUUACUGAUGACACAACACACUGCGGAGUCCUGCUGGACUUGCUCUCUGAGGACUUUGGAGAACAAAUGGCAGCACAACUGCCAUAAUGCUUUUCCAAUGUGACACUAGUAAUUCAGUUCUAUAAAUAAUUUGUUUAUUCUGUGAAUCUUAGCUAUGUGGUGCUAUAGGUCGGAGACACAGCCUCCAUCAAGGUCUUUUCCUAUUUUUGACUAAAUACGUUCAGCUCUGGUCCACAACAAGACACAAAAAGUCCUGCAUUUAUUUAUUUAGACUGUUAGAGAUGACCAUGUACCUGAAGUUGCUACUGAUGUGUCAUUUUUCUACCCGUCCAACUAUUCAAUGUGGUUGCAUUUGAAGCAAAAACCCUGUGCUGGACACAGGCAGCCUUUAGUCAGUAAUUUCCAGAGAUUCCUUCUCAUUGUUCAAGCAAGAAUCUUACUUAAUAUGUCAGAAAACUGAAACGAGGCCCUCAAAGGUCAUCAGUCAUGGUUUCAUGUUUUUUUCUGUUUAAAAACAAAACAACAAAAUCAAUCUUUCAAGCACUACACUCUGUGUUCUGUGUGUUUUAUAGUUGUUCUUAAUGUUUGAUGAUAAUUUUGUCUCUGUAAAUGUUUUUGUGAGAGACUUGUAUGUAUUAUAUUUUCCCCGCUCGAAUCUUUAAAACCCAAAUAAAUGACUGCUCAUUAGGUUGCAGCCACUUCACCUCAUCAGUAGUUGCGAGCUUUACGUAUUUGUAUAUUUGUAUACUAAAUGUUUCCAUAAGUCAAUUUUUUUAAUGUCAUUAGUAUAUUUUUGCAUUUUAUGUAAACAAAGUUAUUUUAAAUUCGGAAUUGGACAUAUAUGUGCUGAAUAUGAAUCACUUAUUGUACAGAGCAUAUUCCAGUGGAGUAAAAGGUCACAUUGUAAAACUGGUUUCUUCUCA